AUGGAUCUGAAGCUGAUUUUUAUAGCAGUGUUGGGGCUCUUCUGUUGCUGCACUGCUCAGAAAGAGGGGAAAGAGUGCAUCAGUGCCAAUGCCAAACACUGUGGGGAUUGCAUCCAGCAUGGAGCCAAAUGUGGCUGGUGUACAGACCUAAACUUCCUAAAACAGGGUGAGACGGUGUCGAGUCGUUGUGACGAGCUGCAGUCUCUGAUAAAACGGGGCUGUGCGGAGUCACUAAUUGAAAACCCACGCGGGAAAAAACACAUCCUUACGAACAAACCGGUCACAAAUCGCAAUAAAAGAGAAAAAAAACUCAAGCCAGAGGAUAUUACUCAGGUCCAGCCCCAGAAACUGAGCCUCACUCUUCGAUCUGGUGAGCCUCAGUCUUUUAACCUGAAGUUCAAACGGGCAGAAGAUUAUCCCAUUGACCUGUACUAUUUAAUGGACCUGUCCUACUCCAUGAAGGAUGAUUUGGAGAAUGUUAAGAACCUGGGAACUAGUCUGAUGGUGGAGAUGUCAAAGAUCACCUCUGAUUUCAGGAUAGGUUUUGGGUCUUUUGUGGAGAAGACGGUCAUGCCUUACAUCAGCACCACCCAGGCCAAGUUACUGAACCCAUGCACAGGCGACCAGACCUGCACCAGCCCCUUCAGCUACAAGAACGUGUUAAAGCUGAACAGUAAUGGCUCAUUGUUUAACACUUUGGUGGGCCAGCAGCACAUUUCUGGAAACCUGGACUCUCCCGARGGGGGCUUUGAUGCCAUCAUGCAAGUGGCUGUUUGCGGGGAGCAGAUUGGCUGGAGGAACGUGACUCGUCUGCUUGUGUUCUCCACUGACGCCGGCUUCCACUUCGCUGGAGAUGGCAAACUGGGUGGCAUUGUACUGCCCAACGAUGGAAAAUGUCACUUGGAGAACAAUACUUACACAAUGAGUCACUAUUAUGACUACCCAUCCAUUGCUCACCUUGUUCAGAAGCUGAGUGACAACAACAUUCAGACUAUCUUUGCAGUCACAGAAGAGUUUCAGCCUAUUUACCAGGAGCUGAAGAAUUUAAUACCAAAGUCAGCUGUGGGAACUCUGUCAGCCAACUCGAGCAAUGUCAUCAACCUYAUUAUAGAUGCUUACAACUCUCUCUCGUCCGAGGUGAUUCUGGAGAACAGCAAGCUUCCAGACGACGUGACUAUAUCAUACAAGGCGCACUGUAAGAACGGGGUGGUUAAUGAGGGUGAAGCUGGAAGGAAGUGCUCCAAUAUCUCUAUUGGAGAUGAGGUCACAUUUAACAUCACCAUCACAUCCAAGGGUUGUCCAAAACUGGGCAAGCAGGAGACCAUUAAGAUAAAGCCUUUGGGUUUCACAGAGGAGGUGGAGAUAAUUCUCAAAUUCAUCUGUGAGUGUGACUGCCACAAGACUGGCAUCAAGAACAGUGACUUGUGCCACUUUGGUAAUGGUACCUUUGAGUGUGGAGCCUGCAGGUGUAAUGAGGGCCGAGUGGGCAGAAACUGUGAAUGCAGCAGCAAUGACGUGGCCACAGAGGACAUGGACCGGAACUGCCGCAACGGCACAGACAUCUGUAGCAACAAYGGGGAGUGCGUCUGCGGCAUGUGUGAGUGCAAGAAGCGAGAGAACCCAGACGAGAGGUACAGCGGCGAGUUCUGCGAGUGUGACAACUUCAACUGCGACCGCUCUGGAAACAAGCUUUGUGGAGGUCACGGACGCUGUGAGUGCCGAGUGUGCGUCUGUGAACCCAUGUGGUCUGGAAGUGCCUGUGACUGUUCUCUGGACAACAGAACGUGUUUGGCCAAGAACAAGCAGCUCUGUAACGGCAGAGGAGUGUGUGAAUGUGGCAGCUGCAAGUGCAAUGACCCCAAAUUCCAGGGCUCCACGUGCGAAGAGUGCCCGACCUGUCCGGCAGUCUGCACAGAGCACAAAGAGUGCGUUGAGUGUCGAGCGUUUGGCACGGGUGAAAAAAAAGAGACGUGUGAAAAAGAAUGCAGUGACUUCAAGCUGAUUAAAGUGAAGACCAGAGACAAGAUGCCGCAGCCCAACGACGCCUCCUACCCUGUCAUGCACUGCAAAGAGAGGGACGCUAAUGACUGCUGGUUCUACUACACGUACGCCGUCAACAAUAACACGGAAAAGGUGGUCCAUGUGGUGGAGGAGCCGGAGUGCCCAACUGGUCCUGACAUAGUCCCUAUCGUGGCCGGCGUGGUCGCCGGAAUCGUCCUGAUUGGCUUGGCCCUGCUGCUCAUCUGGAAGCUGCUGAUGAUCAUCCACGACAGGAGGGAGUUUGCCAAGUUCGAGAAGGAGAAGAUGAACGCCAAGUGGGAUACGCAAGAAAACCCAAUUUACAAGAGUCCAAUCAAUCAGUUCCAGAACCCAAGCUAUGGACGUAAAGGCGCUGGCCUUUGAGGUGAAAAUCCCAUCUACAAAAGUGCCGUCACAACUGURGUCAAUCCCAAAUAUGAAGGCAAAUGAUGGCCUCGUGGAUUUCUCUGAACACUGAUACGAAGUGUCUGACAGCUGCAAUAUUUACCGCUGGUUUGGCAUGUGGCGUGAAGGAGAAYGUGUUUGUCUCGUUGCUUUGUAAUACUGUGUAUCAUUUGGCCACUACGCUUGUUAUUUUUUUUACUAACACAUACAACAUAUACCCAGUGGAUUUUAGGUGUACAGUAUCCAGUCURUGUAUAUACUUUUAGGUUGCAUUUUUGCAGAUAUUUUUAAAAUCACAUUUUUUAUUUCCUGCCAGUAAACUGGCAUAAGCAGAGAAUUAAUCUUUCCUUUUUUAUUUUUACAACACAUAAAGGUAAAUAGAUCAGCUUCUGUUUCUCUUUGCUUUGCAGUGACUGUAAUUUUUCUUUUUCCAAACACAACUUGAGUUUUUGAGCUUUAGCUGCACAUCAUGUGAUAUCGCUGUGUGUAUAUGUAGUAAAGAAUUGCUAUAAGAACUUCUGUUUAAUGAUAUCAGUAUAAACUGAACAUUUACAGUAGAUUCAGUACCUAUAGAUGAUGCAAUGGUUAUAAAUGUAGUUUGAAAUGUCAGAAAUGAUAUUUUUAAAAUCUAUUCCACUCUUAUUGCAUCACAAGACAAGAGGAAGGCAAGUAUGAACUAUUAUAGGUAUUAUUUGUAAACAGUUCUAACAGAAAAGGGAAUGAGAACCAAUUACAAUUAUGAAAUGGUCAUGGGUGAACACAUUGAUGUAAUGAAAUGUAUUUUUUUAUUCUCAGGUCUUUUUUUUUCCUUAUCAGUACACCAAAAAACAUCACUUAUGUGUCAGUUAUGUUACUUUUGGUGUUGCUUAUACUAUGGACUAUUUCAUGGAUACAGUUUAGCGCUGCCUACAGGAAGCGCCGCGCAACGGUUUGUGAGAUUGUUAGGGGGCAAACAAAAGUAAACAAUGGGACAGGCUAUAAAUGUCUAAAGUUUUGAUUGUUGCUUGUAUUCAAAUGUUUAUUUUGGUUCAUAAGGUACCAACUUCUAAUCAGAAAAAGGAAAACUUGUCCAGAACCUUUACCUGCUCAAAUGUUGGAAUCAUUGCCUAAAAUAGCAAACUGGACAUGCAAAAUAGAGGCAAGGUUAUACUGUUGUGCACUAAUAUAAUGUAAUAAUUAUUAUAGUAUGGCAUUAUAUUAAAUCUCUUUUUGCCAGAGAAAACCCCAGUAUACAGUGAUCAUAUUAACAAUGCUGAGCAGUGGGGCUGGAUGAUAAACAUAUAAUCUAUAUACAGUAUAAUCUUGAGGCAGGCUGACCUAUGAUUUAUUAAAUGUUUAGUAUGAAACCUUCUUGGCCACACAUCAAAUUUGGCUUAAAUAUUAAUUCAAAUUUGUGUUUUUGUUUUAACAGUGGUAAAUGCAUUUAUUAUUGUGAUCUGUAGCUUUGUGUGGUGUAUGUUAUUGUUAAUAAAUAAAUCAUAUAGAGAUGUUGUCAAGUUUUAAGAUAGUCCAUACCUAUAUUUGUAAUAUUAAGUGGUUAAAAUAAUCUGUAGUCAGUAAAUAUGAUACGCAGCCCAGAUCGAUGUAAACUACGUCAGCAUAUUUAGCGUAAGAUCUACUAGACCGAGUAGCGACAAUCUUGUGUUUUCAUUAUUCUAUAUAUUUAAACUUAUUUCCAUGUAUCUGUGAUCAUUGUUGCACAUAUAGACAAGUAAAACACCACGCAGCUAUCUCCACGACCCAUUUUCACAGUCAUUUAAUUCACACCAGCACCGGACGCCUCCAAACUGGACCAUGAUGCUUUACAUUAGGCAAAGAUGGCGGUAUCUGCAAAAUAGUCCAUAGGACUGUUGUUUUGGUACUUAUUUUUCUUUAAAAUGUUCUCACCCAAAUGCCUCUGAAUUUACCACACAAGCCUUUUUUUUUAUGAAAUUGUUUUCAAAGUGCCUUUUUCUUUCAUUCACCAUGUUUUCUCCCAGUGCUGUUGACAAGAUAUUUAUUAAAAAAACAAAACAAAAA